AUGGCCGGCCGACCUGGCACUGCUGGAAGCAUGCACGGCCGCAUGCUCAACAGCCCUGGUCCCAUGCUCGGCAACGGUCUCGGCGGCGAUGCCAACAAUGCCAAUGCCAACGCCAAUGGAUCCAACGGCGCACCACCACCCGGCAUGGGCGGCUCUCUAGCCGGUGUCGAUCUCGGCCCGUCGAUGCUCUCGGCUGCUGGUCCUCCUCCCAACGCUGGACCCACCAUGCCUGCAGGCACCGGUCCCGGAGGCACGCCAACCACUGCACUCAGCGUCUACCACCUCAUCACGCAGCUCUGUCAGCGACCCGACCCCAAUUCGAGCCAAACCCGCAAGCAGGGUUCUGCCUCGCCUCCUCCCGCUGCUGACGGAACUCCGCCUUCCAGCGGCAACGGAACCAAUACGGGCGAUGCGCAGAGGGGUCUGCAGCAGCAGAACGACAGCAGCAAAGGCGACCGCGAGGGAGCCACCUCGCCUACCGACCUCGACAGCUUGCCUGGCUCGUCGGCGCAGCGUGAGCAUGCGCUGCUCGAGCUGAGCAAGAAGCGCGAACAGUACGAAGACCUCGCUCUGGUGCUGUGGCAUAGUUUUGGUGUCAUGUCGUCGUUGCUGCAGGAGAUCGUGUCUGUCUAUCCCCUGCUGUCGCCGCCUGCGCUCACGGCACAGGCCAGCAAUCGUGUCUGCAAUGCGCUCGCGCUACUUCAGUGCGUAGCCAGCCACAGUGAGACACGUGGCCUGUUCCUGCAGGCGCACAUCCCACUCUUCCUCUACCCGUUCCUCAACACGACGAGCAAGACACGUCCGUUCGAAUACCUCCGCCUGACCUCGUUGGGCGUCAUCGGUGCGCUGGUCAAGCAGAACGACAACUCGGACGUCAUCACGUUCCUGCUCUCCACCGAGAUCAUUCCGCUCUGCCUGCGCAUCAUGGAGACCGGAUCGGAGCUCAGCAAGACUGUGGCAAUCUUCAUCGUGCAGAAGAUCCUGUUGGACGACAUGGGACUGGCGUACAUCUGUCAGACGUACGAGCGCUUUUAUGCCGUGGGCACCGUGUUGAGCAACAUGGUCUCGCAGAUCGUCGAGAGUCAGGCGGUAAGGCUGCUCAAGCACGUUGUUAGGUGUUACCUCAGGCUGAGCGAUAACCCGAGAGCGAGGGAGGCAUUGCGCGCUUGUCUGCCCGGGCCGCUGCGGGAUGCGACGUUUAGCCAGUUGCUCAAGAACGAUCAUAUCACCAAGAGGUGUCUGGCCACUUUGUUGCUCAAUCUGUCGGAUCGUGUCGAGCAGUAG